CUGCACCAACUCGUGUCCUUGUCGUCACGUACAUGCGCAGUGGAUCCACGCUAAUCGGUGACAUAUUGCAACGCCAUGACAACAGUGCUUAUGCAUUUGAACCAUUGAGAUACAUUGAAGAAGAUAUUAUGAAUAACAAUACUGUUACCUUUCUCAACGGAACACGCAGAUUAUACGCCAGAAAUGAAUCAACAUUGUUAUUUGCGGACAUGCUGUAUCGCUGGUUUACUUGUGAUGUUCAAAAAAUCAACAUCCGGGAUCUUCAGAGCAAUAUGCUGCUGUACUCUUACUCUUACCCAUUCCACUACUACUGUGUAAGAAGAGGAAUCGACAGAUUUAAGAAUUCAGCAUGGACACAAGUUAGAAUUCAUAUCAUCAAAAUGUGUAUCGAACAUCUUACAAGACCUUGUCGUUCGAAAAAAGUUAUGAUCAUAAAAACUAUUCGCUUAGAAAUGGCAUCAGUUAAAUUGUUACUAAAAUGGCUGCCAGGACUGAAAGUUGUACAUCUAUUACGGGAUCCAAGAGGGAAAUUGUCAUCUGAACUUAAACUAGACGAAAACAGAUGGUCAUCUAUCGACUCUAUAGCGUCUUUACAUUGUAAUCGGAUGUUCUCUGAUGUCGUCCAAGCAUAUCGGUUAAAUAAACAUUAUCCUAACACAAUCAGAAUUCUCCGUUAUGAACGCUUCUCAAAUGACCCAAUAGACAAAACAAGAAAGAUGUUUAGGUUUUUAAAUCUAAACUUUACAACAAAAAUACUUGAAUAUGUAAAAUCCACCACUUUAAAUGAAAGUGUAAGAGAGAACUGUUACUAUUGUAUUAAAAGAACCAACGCUGGGCUGGCGUCUACUAAAUGGAGGGUAGACUUACCACACCCCCAUGUUCAGCGGAUAGACAGACAGUGUAUGAAACUGUACAGAAUCGUGGGGUUUGUGGCCAUGAAGGAUUCAAACAGUCUUAGGAACUUAUCCAUACCUAGUCAAGUGGCUUCAUUGAAAUUCAUGACUCUCUAGUUAUACCAGAAAACAUAUACUCAUUAAUGUGCUUAGUUAUCCUGCAUGACUUGGUAAAUAGCAUGCUUCAUGACAUUGAGACAUUGUGACAAAAUAUAGUUCAAAGUGAUAGAAAAUAUAAAAACUAAUUCAAAAGAUAUCAAAUCAAUUGUUUUAUCUAAAUAUGUAUUCAAGUUGAUAUUAUUUAGAAAAAUUAUAUCCUCAAAUUAUAAUUAUUUGAUAAAUGUCCAAUGAAUACAACCAAGAUUACUACGCGUUGAGCACUCAAUCCAAAAUAGCUUGUCUUGUAGACCUAAUGAGGGAACGCCAUGACUUACUUUGUUGUCCUGAUGAUUGAAUAUCAUCACUCAUGUAACAAUAAAUUCAUUAUGUUCACUGUCACUAUCGGAGAUUACUUUGAAUCCUUUAGAUUUUCUUCCGUCUGACUUUGAACUCGGAGACCCGAUCAAGUAUCUUGGUAUUUUCCAAUCCUUGUUUUGAUUGGUCAAUACAGCAAAAAAUUGAUAUUUUUUUCACUAGUGUAAAAAAUGAUAUCAAAAGUGUGUUAUUUUUUUACUUAUUUAGUCCGAACUUCAUUAUAUCAUUAAUAUGUCGCUUGUUUGAAUAGUUGAUUAAACCAUUUAUCAAUUAAUAUUAUUAGUGUUCUGGUAAUUGCACUAGAAUAACCUAACUCUAUUAAGUGAAUACAAACAUGUAGGUAAAUAAAAAGGUAGAUCACUAUUACAUGUACAUUACCAAUAGUAUUAGGAAUGUUCUCGUAUCAUAUUGUACAAUU